AUGAAACCCAAGACGGUUUCGUGGGGCGAGGUGACAACGGAGAUUCUCCGGCCCUUCAAGAAAGCUCCUUUACUGGACUCGUUGGAUGUGGUGCACAGAAUAUGGUGGUCUCCUUUAAUCGAAUAUUUAAAUAAACCGCCACUCUCAUGCGCAUCUCGACCUUCUCCUGUUUUUCGCGCGUUAAAUUUCAAACGUCAAAACAACAUUAGUGUUUCUCCAGCUGGCUUCCUGAGAGAUUUGGCCAUCAUGGGGGAGGAAAGUGCAAUAGCUACAACAGCAGAGAAUAAUGCAGAGGAGAAGAUGACACAACAGAAAACCUUUGUUAUAGGGAGCCUUGACAGUCAAGCACAGAGAAAUGACAUUCACCAAAAGAUUAAAGAAUUUAUUAAGGGCUUCCAUGAAGGAGAUGUAAAUGAAGAGACAGAAUGUGAUAUUAUCCACCUCGGGCAGACGGGUUGGGAGUCUAUUGGGCUGGUCGCAAGUCCAACAUACUAUGUGGUAACCCUGUGUCGCAAAUACGGCCUGUUGCCCACAGAGCGCUCUGUGUUUCUCUCUGUGCGUGACCAGUACCAAGUUAUUCAGUUGUGUUUAGCCCGCAUCAACAAAAAGAAACAUGGUGAGUUCAUGGCAGCUGCUAGUGAUGUUCUAGACGUAUGGAACCAGAUGUACCAGGACACUGUGGCAUCACGGGCAGAUACGGAGGAAAGCUGUGAAGAACUGGAUCUUCCCAGCAUUUCCCAAAGUGUGGAUCCAUGCACGAGAGAAAUGACGGAAAUCAUCGAGGCGUACAAUGACUUCCUCCGUAACUCCGGGUGCCUUGAUCACUUUAUGCUUUACAAGAUCUUGAAGAAGCAUGCAACAGGGGGGCAUGAAGUGCAGAAAGAUAUUGUAUCGAAGGUGUACAUCCUUGAAGCCGUGAGCCAAAUGCCAGGCAUAGAGAGAGAGUUGGUGAAGAUCCUUCUACAGAAUGCCAAAGCCUUCAGAGCCACCGUGGGACUACCUCUUGCUACAGACACCUCUGGCACUGCCUAUGAUCUAAACAUGUCAGGCAUUGGAGAUGUUGAUGACCUGCCAGUGUCUCAAGGGAACACUAACCAACUGCAGCAAGAUGCAGACAAGGCAGAGGAGGAUUCUCAUGGCACUAAAGGGAAUAAUGGUAGUAGCAUUGCCAGCUUAGAGAUUGACUCUCUGGAAUGUCCCUUAGCAGAGUACCUGAGUUCCGAGCCCAGAGAUGUAUGUGAGGGGUACACAUGCACAGAAUCUGAGCUUUAUGUUGAGCAGCUAAUCCUCUCUCACCUGCGGUUGCUUGUAAAUACAAGGGACGAACUGGCUUUGACAACCAGCUGUAGCAUCCCAGGGAGAGAAAUCUCACAGCAGGGCUUUGCUGACAUUAAAGAUGAAGCUCAGAAGAAGAACAUGCCCAUGUUUCAGACCAUACUCUCCUUCAUCAUGCGACUGCGGCUUGGCGGUAAGGGGUACCAGCCAGAGCCAGACCACCCAGUGCUGCUCCAUGCUAAGCCUCUGGGGGAAUUUGUGGACUCCAUCAUGAAGCUCCAGAGUGUAGCAGAAGAGGAACCUGACCUAAAGAAAGCAUCCUCAAAGGUGCUCUCCCUCAUCAAGAGUGGUUUGGUGCGCAUGAGGGGCUGCGUCCUCAAGAAGGCAACCAUCGAGCUAGUGUGGGGGAGGCUAAAUGCGACCCUUGACAGCCUUCUCAACGACCCCCUGAAGGAUGGCCAGGUCACCCCACAAGCUCAGCAGAGUAAAGGUCUUAGACCCUGUCUCAAGGUCUUGCUCCAGUUGUGUGAUGAGGUCAGUGGCCAUGCAUCAUCAAUGGGUAUUGUGGAUGCCUUGGGAGAGCACUUCCUAACACAGUGCAGCAGCUCUCGCAAGACAGCGACACCCAUUCGAAUCCCCUCAGUCCUGUCACUCUUCAGGUCUCCAGCAGAGGCAAAGGACACCAACACUGGAGAAGGGGUUGAUAAUGAAGGGAACCUCCUUGUUCGAAUCAUGAAGAAGAAAGGACUGGCUCCCAAGGCAGAAGCUCAGCCUCAGAGAUUCCAAUCAUCCUGUGCAUGGGCUCCCGAAGACAUGUCACCAGUGAGGCCAAAUGGAGUCAACAACAGCCUCUCCCCUAUUGUAGGUCCAACACUGAAGGCAGUGGGUAAAGGCAGCAAGAGCAGUCAGAGCUGGAGGGAGAUUGUCAGUUCUCUGCCACAACGGGAGGGUGAAGCUAACGAGGCUGGAGAAACACAGGAAGCACAACCAGACGGCACUGAGGAAGCAAACAAAAAUGAUGAGGAGAAAGACAAGGUAAACGCAGAUGAAAAGGCCAAUGGGAAAGCCAAGAAAAAAUGCAGCAAGAGAUCGUUAUUGUCUGACAUAGCAAACAUAUCAGCUGAACCCGAGGCCAAGAAAGCAAAGGCUGAGGCAACUAAGCUGCAGAAGGAGAAAGGGCCAUCCAAGAAGAGUGCCAAGCUGAAGCCCAUCCCAAAGGGUCAGAGGUCAAUUACCGCAUUUUUCAAGACAUAGAGGUCUCAUGAGGGGCUCUGGGGUAUGGUAUUAUAUUAAAUGUGUCUUAGUACAGGUAAGUGUCAUUAUAGAGGAUCUGGGUUUCAUUAGAGGAGAGAAGAGACCUUCAUAUGAAGAUGUUCUCAGAUUUAUUUUUGUGUUUGUAAAGAUGAAAUUGUGUUAUACUUACAUGUGUGUGUGUGUUUUGUGUGUGAAUUGAUAAGAUAAGCGUGGUACCUUAUGGUGUGCAGGAAUGGUUUAGUUUCUCAUUUGUCGUAAAUAUUGUUAAGAAAUAUUUUACAGAAUGUGAGCACAACAAUUAUUAUUUAUAUGUUCAGGAAUAUUGCUGUACACCAUGUUUCUUUCUAUGUGUUCCUGUUAUAUUUUAUUUAUUUAGAUUUUUAAGUUCUAUUCUACAAUAUGCCAAAGGUUUUGAGAAGCCAAUGAAUGUAUUUUGUGUGCAUUAAUGGAUUUUACCAAAUGUAGGAAGCCUAGUCUAUUAUUAUUAUUAUUAUUAUUAUUAAUAAUAAGCAAAUGCACCUUAUUAGUUGUAUUAUAACAGCAGAUUUAUGUAUUAUGAGGCAUUCAAAUAGAGUUAGUUUGAAUGGUUAUUUGAUAAAUUAAUGCUAAUAAGUUUUAGUUGUUUGUAAAAGUUGGUUUACCAUAUUAAAUGAUUUGUGAAGAGUGAUUUACAUAAAAAUUCCAUGACAGACCUCCAUGUAGUAGGGGUAAAAAGUGUACAUGUGUGCGUGUGCUGACAGAGUUCACCUUUGAUAACUCCAUAAAAACUGUAUUUUAUGUACUCAAGAUUUCUUUAAGACGAAGAGAACAUUUCGCCAUAUGUUUCUGUCAGUCCUUUGGUAUUUCUUAAAUUUUACCAUAAUAUUAAAGGACUUUAGUGUUGCUUUAAAUGGAUUUGUGAUAAUCUUUGUAUUAAAUUUGAUGUUGGGAUAUCCAUAAGGGAGUGGUCUUGGAUAAUAGAAGGAGAAUUAGGCUUGAUUUAAGGUGGUCAUUUAUAAAGUUUGGGUUAUGGUUUUAGGACUUAAUUAUAUAUAGGCAUUUAGUAUCUAUAUGCAUAUCAUAUACUCAGGUUUUUGUAAAUUUAGGUGUAAGGAGAGGCUUUAAAACAGAUGAUAUAGGUUGUGCUUAUUUAUUUCAUGGCAGUUUUAUCCCUACAAAACAAAUGAGAAAAAAUAGGAUGUACUGCAAGAUUGACAAAAUUAGUUGAAACUUGGAGUGUGAAAAGGAUUUUUUUAUUAUAUUAACACAGCUAAUAUAUUUGUAUGAAUA